ACAGACGCUAGCUUCCCCAGCUAAAUUCUCCCUCUUUCUCUCUCUUAUAACCUAUUUACAUUAGCGAGGCAGCUACUGAGGGUUAAUGUGUUGGGGUGGUUCGGUUCGGUUCGGAUGGAUUUAUUCUCAGAUGUCCAAACCAAACCGUUGGCUAACCUCUCAGCGUUUAGCUACAUCCCACCGCGACGGAAUGAGCCCAAAGAAAUGUCCUACUUCAACACCAGGUCAAAGGUUCCCGUCGUGUCCACAUACGACCGAGUCUUCCACCAAGUCGAGGAUUUUGAUAUGAAGCUGCGACGCGAUGACAGACAACACGAGAAAGGAAGGGGACUCAAUAUAAACCAGGAGGAGAGCUCCAGACCUGUGCCUGUGCUGUCAUCUUCCGAAUAUGGCCGCCGGAUCAAUCCGUACCUAAACCAAAAUCCACCACAGUUUGCACGCGUGGCUUCCAUGAAACAUGACUUUCACACGAAGAAUGGGAUCGUCUGGAGUGUGGAAGAAGGACACGGGUCAGUGGCUCCAAUCUGAAAGCCCUGUGUUUCCCAGCAUGACGUAAUAAAUCUGUUCGUCACAGAGCUGUUUGUAUGAUGGGACAGAAUUACCACAUAUACCAUACAUUUUUUAUUUUUUUUUUUAACAUAGGGGGAAAAUCAUCAACCAGUUAAGGUCCGGAGAAAUUUUUUAUUAAAAUAUGUUACUUUAAACAGCAUUUAACAAUGCAAUAAAAUGAGGUGUUUAUGCAUCCAUGUUAUACAUUGAAUUUUUAAAUAAAAAAUAUAAGAAAUUUAAAGUUUCUCCAUUUUAAAAUCUAAAUAUUUUUUGAAGUAUAGAGCAACAAUCUUUUAGUUAAGUAUAUAGACAACUUUCUGAUUUCCUUUUUUUUUUUUUUUUUAUAAAAAACCUGGCCUGACCUUUUGUUUUUCUUUCUUUUUUUAUGACUUGACAAGAGCAGUGGGCUUGAUUCUGCCCUGCAAGGCUUUUAAAACUGGGUUUAAAUGGAGAAAAAGCCAUUCUCAAGCACAUAUCAAGGAGCUCAUUUUGAGCCUGGAUCCAUGUUUAUUUUUGAUUCUG